UUUUUAAUUUACAUUUAUCAUGAGUGAAAGACAAUCAAAAGCAGUACAGGAAAGACAUGAACGCAUAUUAAAUGAACUUGCCAAAAAGCCUGAAAAUGAACAUUGUGCUGACUGUGGUGCAAAAAAUCCCCGUUGGGCUUCUUAUUCACUUGGUGCAUUUCUCUGUAUUCGUUGUGCAGGUAUUCAUCGAAAAAUGGGUACACAUAUCUCCAAAGUCAAGUCAAUUACAAUGGACCAAUGGAGUAUAGAGCAAAUUGAGGUGAUGCGUAACUCAGGAGGAAAUACUGUAGUGAACAGCAAAGUGAACCCUAACCCUGGUAAUCAUCCUCUUCCUAUUACAAAUGAUGAUGAGCAUGCUCUUGAAAGAUACAUCCGAGCAAAAUGGGAAAAGCGUGCUUUUAUGAUUGACCCUACCAGACAGUCUAUGUCACCUUCCACUCCUAAAGCAAGUCCUGCUGUCAAUCGCCUACAGACCCUCCCUAAGCGAUCUUCAUCUGUGCCUGUCAUGAACCAAAACAAUAUUGCCAAGUUACAGCAAUUGGGUGAUAUGGGAUUGAAAGAAGACAACCAUCCAUUCUUGACUCAAACACAAGGUAGUCUUGAUCUCUUGACUAGAAUGACACCGCCAUCUGUUCCUCAACAACAACCUGUUCAAUUCAUGUCAGAGGAGCAAAAAUUGGACCAAUUACUUAAAUUGGGAUUUUUGGAUAGAAACAGUAAUUUGGAUGCUCUUCGUCGUGCAGGAGGAAAUGUAGAUAUUGCCUUGACUAUUUUGAAUGAAGCAAAGAAUAUGGCUUUUGCUGGUCAAAGCCAGUUGUUACAGCAAGCAACUCGAUCUAAUUCUGUACCUGGUUUAACUAAUAACAACAAUAAUAGCUUCUCAAUGGAUACUGCUAUUUCUGCUUCAAACACGACUGUCAAUGCCCAUAAUCCCUUUGCACAGCCACAACAACCAUCUUUGCAGUUACAACCCUUUCAAUCACCACAACAACAACAGCCUUUUCAGACACAACAACAACAGCCUUUUCAGACACAACAACAGCCUUUCCAAUCAAUACAACCAUUUCAGGUACAGCAACCAUUUCAGGUACAGCAAUCAUUUCAAACACAGCAACCAUUCCAAUCAGGUUUCCCUCAACAGCAAGUGUUUACUAACCCAUUCAAUCUCUCCGCAUCAGCACCUUCUUCAGGCUUUCCUUCAAAUAAUACAAUGUCAUUGUUCCCACAACAACAACAACAACAACCAACCUCAAAUCCAUUCUCUCAAAUGAACGCACCUUCUUACUUGAGCUCAAAUGUUCAACCUCAACAAAAUCCUUGGUCUGCAACAACACCAAGCCAUAGUCUAUUUUAGGCUUUUUUUUUCUAAAUUAACAAUUGUAGUCAAAUAAAUUCAUAUAUAAUCUCGUGUCUGGUA